UCAGAACAACAUAAUUCAGAUGGUCUCAAGCUGUGCCUUCGGCGGACUAUUCAGUCUAGAAAAACUGUUUCUCAGCCAAAACCACAUAACAUAUUUAGGACCUGGUGUAUUCCGAGAUCUACACAAGUUAGACUGGCUAGUGUUAGACCACAACCCACUUAAAACCAUUACCCGGGAUACGUUCAUCGGUCUGAGGUCACUGACAUUUCUAUCCAUGGUUAACACGUCCCUGUUGUGGCUCCCUGACUCGAGUCUCUGUCAGCACAUGCCCUUGCUCAGGUGGUUGGACUUCGCUGAGAACCACGUUGGGUUGCUGAAUUAUUCCACUCUGAAGACAUGCACCAAGCUCACAGUGCUAUCACUGCAUGACAAUAAAAUCAAGAUCCUUCUAGAAAACACGUUUCAUUCUCUUGGAUCUUUGGUUGAACUAGAUUUGUCUUGCAACAGAAUUUCCAAUCUUCCUAAAAACACUUUCAGGAGUUUACAAUAUCUGCAAAAACUGAAUAUAUCCCAUAAUCCUUCACUCCAUAUUCAUGCCAGUCACUUCGAUCACCUGGUCCAACUUGAGUCUCUAAGUCUGGAGGGCAUUGAAAUUCCUGAUAUAACCACCAAGAUGUUUCUUCCGAUGGGAAACCUGUCCCACAUAUAUUUUAAGGAUUUUCAGUACUGUUCCUAUGCCCCACAUGUUCGGAAAUGUAAACCUAAUACGGAUGGCAUUUCAUCAGUGGAAGACCUGCUAGCCAGCAUGGUUCUGCGGGUGUCCGUCUGGGUUAUGGCCUUCAUCACCUGCUUUGGGAAUCUCUUUGUUAUCGGAAUGCGCUCCUUCAUUAGAGCAGAGAACAACCUGCAUGCAGCCUGCAUCAAAGUCUUGUGUUGUCUUAAUCUGGUGGCGUUCUUGGUGAUUGUCGUUUCCUAUUCCAGCAUGUUCUGUUCCAUUUAUAAAACCGGCAUCAAUACCACAGAUGUACGCAGUCGGCUACAAAAAGAUGUGGCCGUGGCCAAUCGCUUUUUCUUUAUUGUGUUCUCUGACGCCCUCUGCUGGAUACCCAUAUUUUUGGUCAAAACUCUCUCUCUGCUAAAAGUUGAGAUUCCAGGAACAAUAAACUCCUGGGUGGUGAUCUUCAUUCUUCCUAUCAACAGCGCCCUUAACCCCAUCCUCUACACCCUGACCACCAGCUUCUUCAGAGAGCAGGUGGAGCUCCUCCUGUGCCGCUGGCAGCGGCGCUCGGCAUCAAAGAAAAACCGUAAGAGUCUCACCAGCUCCACCAUCUACAUGGAGACCCCUCGAAAUGCAGAAUACCCCGCAAAAAUGUCCUUGCCACGACUGUCUUUGGCAGACAUGGAUAACCAAUAUGGGUGAAAGAGCCAGUGAGUGAAAGGUAUCAUAGUUAGGCCUAUCAUAAUCAUUAUCUGGAGACAAGACUGGAGAGAAUAACAGUCUUUCCUGGAACAAUUUAUGUGAAAGGAUGGUACUGUGAUUCUUGCUGUUUGUGUUCCAAUAUGGAGUGCUCUUUUUAGACACGUGACUAUAGCUUCACUGUUUUCUCCAUUAGGAGAAGCACUUUUCAUCAUUUUAGCUAGAUAAGAGCCUCGGACCCCUCCAGCGUCCAUUUCCCCCCUAAACGCCAUGUCUGACUCACAGCCCCUGAGCUGGGCUUGUUGUGUGUCUCAAAAGCUUUUAAAGAAGAAAAUCAAUGACUACAAAGCGCAGUAGAAGACUGUCAGUAUUUACUGCAGAGCACAUAUUAGAGGGAUCAAAGGAACUUUACAGCACAUGAAUGACAAUUUUUUUUUAUGGAAAUGUUUCGAUAUGUGGUUUUGAGAUUGAAUUUGAGAAGUUAUUGAUAAUGUACAGCA